GGAAUAAAAUAGUGCAACUUCUACUGUAUAUAUAUUCUGCCUUAAUUAUAGACUGCAACUGCAGGCAACAAACCACCUGCACCAUGGCUUGAAGCAAACUAGCUUCAUCCGUUUUCCAGAGCAAUGGGUGGCAUCAAAAUCAUAACCAAAACAUUCUUUCUCUUCCUUGCUCUCAGCCAUAAGUUCUUCGCUGCUGCUGGAGAAGAGGAGCGAUUCCUCUACUCUGGCUUCUCUGGCACCGACAUCCUCGUCAACGGUAUGGCCAUGGUCACCCCAAAUGGCCUCCUCCAGCUCACCAAUGGCAUGGCACAGUCCAAAGGUCAUGCGAUCCACCCAACACCACUGCGCUUCCACGAGCAUGGUUCCAAUGGUACGAGGGUGCGAUCCUUCUCCGCCUCUUUCGUGUUUGCCAUCCGUUCUAUCGCCCCCGGAGUGAGCGCGCAGGGCCUCACCUUCUUCGUCUCCCCGACCAAGAACUUCUCAAGAGCCUUCUCCAACCAGUUUCUUGGCCUCCUCAACAAGAAGAACAACGGCAACACAAGCAACCAUAUCUUUGCCGUUGAGCUUGACACCGUUCUAAACAACGAUAUGCAAGACAUCAAUGACAACCAUGUUGGCAUCGACAUCAAUGAUCUUAGGUCCGUGGAUUCCUACAACGCUGGCUAUUAUGAUGACAAGAAUGGUACCUUCUGCAACCUAACUCUUGCUUCUUUCGAUGCAAUGCAAGUAUGGGUGGACUACAAUGGCGAGAGGAAGUUAAUCAGUGUGACCUUGGCCCCUCUUCAUAUGGCCAAACCAGCAAGGGCAUUGCUUACAACCACUUAUGACCUAUCACAGGUUCUCAAGAAUCAAUCAUAUGUUGGUUUUUCAUCCUCAACGGGUAUUCUUGAUACACAUCACUACGUGCUUGGUUGUAGUUUUGGUAUGAACCAACCAGCUCCGGUCAUCGAUGUCAAGAAACUACCAAAGCUGCCUCGUUUAGGCCCAAAGCCACAAUCCAAGUUAUUGAUAAUCAUCCUUCCUGUAGCUACUGCAACAUUAGUACUUGCUAUUGUUAGUGGCAUAGUUGUACUUAGACGACGGCAAAUGAGGUAUGCUGAGCUGCGCGAAGAUUGGGAAGUUGAAUUUGGUCCUCACCGGUUCUCUUACAAGGACCUAUUCCAUGCUACGGAAGGGUUCAAAGACAAACACUUGCUUGGCAUCGGAGGAUUUGGGAGAGUGUACAAGGGAGUGCUUACAAAAUCAAAGUCGGAAGUUGCAGUGAAAAGAGUGUCACAUGAAUCAAGGCAAGGAAUGAGGGAGUUCAUUGCUGAGGUUGUUAGUAUUGGCCGCCUUCGUCACAAGAAUAUUGUGCAACUACAUGGCUACUGUCGACGUAAAGGAGAGCUUCUAUUGGUGUACGAUCAUAUGCCAAAUGGAAGCCUUGAUAAAUACUUGCACAACCAUGAUAACCAACAAAACCUAGAUUGGUCUCAAAGGUUCCACAUCAUCAAAGGAGUUGCAUCUGGCCUACUCUAUCUCCAUGAGGAUUGGGAGAAAGUUGUUGUCCACCGAGAUAUCAAGGCAAGCAACGUGCUUGUUGAUGCAGAGAUGAAUGGUCGGCUAGGCGACUUUGGCCUUGCAAGAUUAUAUGACCAUGGCAGUGACCCACAAACUACACAUGUGGUUGGCACCAUGGGAUACAUAGCUCCAGAGCUAGCACGCAUGGGCAGGGCCUCUGUUCUCACCGAUGUGUUUGCAUUUGGCAUGUUCCUUCUUGAGGUGACAUGUGGACGAAGACCCAUUAUGCAAAGUGAAGAGCAAGAUUGCCCUAUCAUGUUGGUUGAUUUGGUGCUUCUACAUUGGCGCAAUGAAUCACUUAUUGAUGUCGUCGACAAGAGGCUUCAAAAUGAAUACAAUAUUGAUGAGGCAUGCCUAGCACUAAAGCUAGGGCUGCUAUGCUCACAUUCCUUGCCUAGUGCAAGGCCCAACAUGAGGCAAGUCAUGCAAUUCUUGGAUGGCGAUAUAUCAUUCCCAGAUGAGGUAUUGGCACAACUCCUAAGCCAUGAAGGGCAGGAGCAUAUCAUCGUCUCUAACUUCUCCGACGCGAAUGCGGCGCAACACCUGGGCCUGUUCAAUUACAAAAACAAUGGAAAUAUGAGCAACCAUGUUUUUGCUGUCGAGAUCGACACCGUACGAAACAACGAGUUUAUGGACAUCGACAGCAACCACAUCGGCAUCGACAUCAGUGAUCUUCGCUCAGUGAAUUCUUCUUCGGCAGGAUACUAUGAUGAUAACACCGGUGGAUUCCAGAACAUGAGUUUGAUUAGUGGUGAGGCGAUUCAAAUUUGGAUCGAUUAUGAUGCACGGGCAAUGCGGAUUGAUGUGGCAUUGGCUCCAUUCAAAAUGGCCAAACCUACCAAGCCACUACUGUUGAUGUCCUAUAACCUCUCAAUGGUGCUGACAGAUGUCGCAUAUGUUGGAUUGUCAGCAGCAACUGGGCCACUAGAAACAAGUCACUACAUCUUAGGCUGGAGCUUCAGCAUGAAUGGAUCAGCUCCAUCAUUCCUCACAGCUCAGCUACCUGACUUACCUCGUAGAGGUACAGAUCGAAAAGGUUCUCGUCGGUCCAAGGUAUUGCUGAUAAUUGUGCCUAUAGCAACUGCCACAUCUGCUGUUGCGGUGAGCUUGGCCGUCUUCCUCUUUGUGCGAAGGUGGUUUAAGUAUGCCGAGCUACGGGAAGAUUGGGAAAUUGAUUUUGGACCACAUAGGUUCUCAUUUAAGAACCUAUAUUUUGCUACUGAAGGGUUUAAGAAUAGGCACCUAUUAGGUACAGGAGGGUUUGGAAGGGUGUACAAGGGUUUUCUUUUUGAAUCUAAGCUACAGAUUGCCGUGAAGAGGGUGUCCCAUGAAUCGAGACAAGGUAUAAGAGAAUUUAUUGCAGAGAUUGUUAGCAUCGGCCGCCUUCGGCAUCGCAACAUCGUGCAGUUACUUGGUUAUUGCCGGCGUAAAGGUGAACUUCUCUUGGUCUAUGACUAUAUGCCAAAUGGUAGCCUUGAUAAAUAUUUGCACUGUAAUAGUACCCGUCCUAGUUUAGAUUGGAAUCAACGGUUUCGAAUAAUCAAGGGUGUUGCAUCUGGUUUAUGGUACCUUCAUGGAGAGUGGGAGCAAGUUGUCAUCCAUAGAGAUGUCAAAGCCAGCAAUGUGCUUCUUGACGAAGAGAUGAAUGCCCGCUUAGGUGAUUUUGGCCUUGCAAGGUUAUAUGAUCAUGGCACCGACAUGCAAACCACACACCUGGUUGGCACCAUAGGGUAUCUUGCCCCUGAGCUGGCAAACACAGGUAAGGCUUCACCCGCCACCGAUGUUUUCUCCUUCGGCAUAUUUGUUCUUGAGGUUGCUUGUGGACGAAGGCCCAUUGAGCACGGAAUGAAUAGUGAGUACAAGUUCACGUUGGUAGAUUGGGUGAUUGAUCGUUGGCACGAGGGAUCACUUCUUGAGGUAAUGGAUCCAAAGCUCCAAAAUGGAUAUGAUGAUGAUGAGGCAUGCCUAGCUCUAAAACUAGGAUUGCUUUGCUCACACCCAUCACCUAUUGCAAGGCCAACCAUGUGGCAUGUCAUGCAGUAUCUUAACCAUGACUUGCCAUUUCCAGAGUUGAUGGCGAUGGACAUGGUGCGAAACCAAUGGGUGGACUCACCUAUUGAAUAUUGCCAAUCAGUGGCGAGCGAUGGCACCAUGUCUGGCCUGUCUGAAGGGAGGUAGCAUCCAUCUAUUGCCAUAUGUACACCUAGUUACUUGAUUUAGUUUUGUAAUUUUGAGGUAUAUUUCCUCCUAGUUAAUUCUAGUAUGAUU